AUGGUUACAGUAGGAAACGAACGUUAUCUACGGUCUGUCUUAUAUUUAUCAGAUAGUGGAUCUUACAUAACUAAGGAAGUUAUACAACGAGAACUCAAAAGGAAAGAUUGCACUUUAGAUGAGCUAUUAAAUGACACAAGAUAUAAAAAGAAAGUGGAAAGUGAGUUUAGAAAUAAAAUGCAACAAGACAUUUUAUAUCCUGCCAGUGGCAAAACUGAUAUAAAGAAAUGGGACAUUCAGAUGCUAUCUGGGGUUAUUAUGAUUUUAUUUGGACAAGAUUUGCAACCCAAAGAAAGGACAAGCAUAAGAGAAAUUAAGCGGCGGAGAAUUGUGUUAGCACACAGUUCUUCGGCAGAAUUUUGUGAGGAAGAUUACAAUAACUUUGUUGAAGAGCUAGAUGAUGCUAUUACAACGAUUGCAUCUGAUUUUGAGGAUAGUAUACAAGAAAAAUGUAGAGAAACAGUUGAUAAAUACAAAACGUGUCCUUUGGAAGUGAAGACUUCAAUUGAAAAUUUAAAAUGUUUAAAUGUCUCGGAGCCAUUGAUAAGUAAGAUAUUAGACAGCAUUGGGUCGUCAGAGAAGAAUCUUUCUGAUUCUAUUAAGAAAAGCGAAAUAAAUAUACGAUCCGAUAUCCAAGGAAUUGAUUCAAAAGUAAACUUAGUUUUAGAACAGCUGGAGAAAAAAAUGGCUGCUGAACCUUUCAAAAAAAUAAGAAUGAUUGUAAAUACAAGACUGACAUUUAGCGGGAACGAAGAACCAAUAGUCGAUCUCGCAGACAAAAUAGUUUUUAAGGUAAUCAAUAGAGCCAUUGCAAAGGUUAAAAAUACAGAGAAUAUGGUGGAAAUUGAGCGUGCGGUUGAUGAUAUCCUAAAACACCUUGAUGAAAUGGAAGGAGUAGAAGUUAUGUCAACUACACCCGAAUGCAUCAUCAUAAGUCUCCAAUGUGACACUUAUAGAAGUGUUUAUGAAGCACUAAAGUAUACGACUAGCGAACAGUAUCAAAAGCAACUGAAUAGUUUAGCAGAGGCUGUGGAUUUGUACAUAAAAUGUGCAAAACCAUUUACAGCUUACUCCGAAAUAACGACGGAAUGCUUGCAGGAUAUUGAAAACAAGAUUGAAACAGAAACAGAUAAGGACGAAGAAUCGAAACAUGACGAAGAUGAAGAAUGCUUGGUCAGCGGGGAUCCUCAUUUUACAGAUACUGUUCAUUCUCAUGCAGACGUGGACAGUGAUACAGUACAAGAUAACGAAGCACAUUUUUUUAAGUUAUCUAUAUGUGAUUAUACUGAUGAUGGUUAUGAUGACCAGAACUAUGCUGAUUGCAAUGAUGUAAAUUAUGUUGAUUAUGGUGAUGAUGAACAGAAGUAUGUUGAUUGUGAUGAUGAUUAUAUUAAUGAUUGUGAUGAUGAGCAGAAGAAGUAUUCAGAAGCAGAAGUAUUUGAUAGGUAUGAGGAUAAAUGUAUUGAAGAUGGUGAUGAUGAGCAGAAGUAUGUUGAUUGUGAUGAUGAUGAUGAUUAA